AUGCUCGAAAUCACCAGCCACGGUCGGUACGAUUUCAUGUACCUUCGUAUCGACUUCGCCAACCAGUGCAACGUUGGCUACGCUUUCAUCAACUUCGCUACUCCCGAGGACAUCAUUCCAUUCGCUCUGGCUCGUCAAGGUCGUCGUUGGACCAUAUUCAACUCCACCCCGUUCGAUCGAUCCCCACGGGCCGCCGUCCAAGUUCGCACGCUUGUCAAGCGUCUCGAACCAAUCAUCAUGGAGCUGGACGGCGGCCCUUCGGUGGUGGGUGAAAAGAUAACAACCACAACUGUGGCAUAUCAUCUCGCCACACACUACUCCUCCCACCCACCGCCGGGAGGGGAUCGAUCGGACGCAAAUGCUGCGAAAUAUGCCUCCACUACAUGA